AUGGAGGCUUUCCGAGAUACUAGACUUUGCCAGCGUUUACGCGGUAGGAGUUCGCUGACUCGAGAUCGUCGGUUGAAUCACCUGGAGAAUCACCUGACGAAUCACCUGGAGAAUCACCUGGAGAAGCACCUGGAGAAUCACCUGACGAAUCACCUGGAGAAUCAUCUGACAAAUCACCUGGAGAAUCACCUGAUGAAUCACCUGGAGAAUCACCUGGAGAAUCACCUGGAGAAUCACUUGAUGAAUCACCCGGAGAAUCACCUAGAGAAUCACCCGGAGAAUCACCUAGAGAAUCACCUAGAGAAUCACAUGGAGAAUCACCUGGAGAAUCACCUGACGAAUCACCUGGAGAAUCACCUGGAGAAUCACCUGACGAAUCACCCGGAGAAUCACCCGGAGAAUCAACCGGAGAAUCACAUAGAGAAUCACCUGGAGAAUCACCUAGAGAAUCACCUGGAGAAUCACCUGGAGAAUCACCCGGAGAAUCACCUAGAGAAUCACCUGGAGAAUCACCCGGAGAAUCACCUAGAGAAUCACCUAGAGAAUCACCUGGAGAAUCACCUGGAGAAUCACCUGGAGAAUCACCUGACGAAUCACCUGGAGAAUCACCUGACAAAUCACCUGGAGAAUCACCUGACGAAUCACUUGGAGAAUCACCUGGAGAAUCACCUGGAGAAUGACCUGAUGAAUCACCCGGAGAAUCACCUAGAGAAUCACCCGGAGAAUCACCUAGAGAAUCACCUAGAGAAUCACCUGGAGAAUCACCUGGAGAAUCACCUAGAGAAUCACCUGGAGAUUCACCUGGAGAAUCAUCUGGAGAAUCACCCGGAGAAUCACCUGACGAAUCACCUGGAGAAUCACCUGGAGAAUCACCUGACGAAUCACCCGGAGAAUCACCCGGAGAAUCAACCGGAGAAUCACAUAGAGAAUCACCUGGAGAAUCACCUAGAGAAUCACCUGGAGAAUCACCUGGAGAAUCACCUGGAGAAUCACCCGGAGAAUCACCUAGAGAAUCAUCUGGAGAUUCACCUGGAGAAUCACCUGGAGAAUCACCUGGAGUCUGUUAUGUUAAGCAGAUCCAGCAGCAGGAGGACGGCCGUGUCGUGCGGCGGCUACAGAUACGGCAGCGACGAUGACAAAACGUAA